AUGUUGGCAGUAAGUCGGAGGCUGCCUUUACUCAGAAAUUCAUCAUAUGCAUUAUACAGAUCAUUUCAUAUAAAUCUACCUUUAAAAUCAGAUUUCGCAUUUGUUUUCGAUAUAGAUGGAGUUUUAAUACGUGGUAAAAAACCCAUACCACAAGCAAAACCAGCAUUAGAAUUAUUAAAUAAGAAUAAAAUCCCAUAUAUAUUAAUGACAAACGGUGGUGGAGUACUGGAAGCUGCUAAAGCACAGGAAGUAAGUCAUAUAACUGGGUUUCCAAAUAUAUCACCAUUACAAGUUGUUCAAAGUCAUACACCUAUGAAGUCAUUAAUUAAUGAUCCAAAUUAUAAAAGAGUAUUGGUUGUUGGAGGUGAUAAAGAUAACGCAAGGAAAGUAGCUGAGGAUUAUGGAUUUAAAGAUGUUACUAUGCCAAUUGAUAUAGUGAGGAAUAAUAAAUCAGCAGCUCCACAUUCAAUGUAUAAACCUGAAUAUUUUGAAAAAUAUUCAAAAGAUAUAGACACUUCCAUUCCCAUAGAUGCUAUAUUAGUAUUUAAUGAUCCAAGAGAUUUAUCAUCAGAUAUGCAAAUAGUACAAGACUUGUUGAAUUCUAAUAAUGGAUUAAUUGGGACAAAAAGAGAUUUUAAAUCGUGGAAAGAUCAUACAUCACCUUCCAUACCAAUAAUUUUUAGUAAUAAUGAUUAUAUAUAUGCAAAUGAUUAUCCAUUACCGAGAUUUGGACAAGGAGCUUUUAGGAUGUUGACGGAAACAUUAUACAAUACCACAAACAAAUUAAAACCAGAUCAAAACUUAGAUUCAUUAAUUUUAGGAAAACCAUUUAAAUUACAAUACGAUUUUGCUCAUCACAUAUUAAUAGAUUGGAAUGCUAGACUAGAAGCGAAUAAAUCUCAUGAAUCUAUUCAAAACUUACCAAAAUUAGGUGAAAUUCCAGAAACAACUCCAUUUAAAAAGAUAUAUAUGGUUGGUGAUAAUCCAGAAUCAGAUAUAAAAGGAGCAAAUGAUCAUGGUUGGGAAUCUAUAUUAUUAAGAACUGGUGUCUAUCAAGAUGAAGAUUAUGAUCUGAUAAUUGCUAAACCUACUGUUGGUGUUUUUGAUAAUGUUGAAGAUGCUGUUAAAACUGUAUUGAUUGAUAAUGGAAUUAAGGUUUGA